AUGUCCCCACCAUGGCUCAGCACAUUAGCGAGUCUCAAAUUCCAUGUUGUAGUCAUCCCGCUCAUUUUAGUCAUAUAUGGAUGGUGGUCAAGGAACACAUAUCCCACAACACGGAUCCAUAAUGCUGCAUCAAAUAGAACUCUAGGAGUGAGUGGAAGCCUCUUCUUGACGCUUAUUUCAAGAACUAAUAUUCCAAUGAAGUUUGAAAAGAUCCUCACUGUGUCUAAACAGCCUGGCUGGAGAACCAUCGGUCUCCUCGCCGCAGCCAAUCUCACAGGCCUGGAUGUCACCAUCCCAACUCAACCAUUGGACCCCCCAGAGAUUGUGGCAGCGUUUGCAAACCUCGGUUCUGGAGAACUGGGUGUAAGGAGACCAAAGUAUGGAUCGACAUUAGCAUGGCUAGCACACCUCGAUAUGAUUAAAUUCGUAAUCGCUUCUGGGUUGUCGAGUGCUUUGAUUUUGGAAGAUGACGUUGAUUGGGACGUUGAUAUUUUGGGACAGAUGCAAUUGGUAUCUACUCAUAUUCGUAAUUUCACGAAUGUGGAUCGAAAUGAUGGGAGUCCAUAUGGAAGUAAUUGGGAUAUUUUGUGGCUUGGGCAUUGUGGUGAGAGAUCAAAUUUGGAAGUCAUGAAUGUCCUGUAUAGGGAUGAUACGAGGGUCGAUGUUGAGAAGUAUUCGGGGUGGUCGAAGAAAUAUUGGAUGAAUGAUAUCCCAGCCGGUCAUCGAAGGAUACAGAAAGCUGUGAAUCCAAUUUGUACUUUUGCAUAUGCCCUCAAUAAGGGUAGUGCUCAGAAGGUUCUUACUGCCGUAGGUGGUGGUGCUGAUGAGGCUUGGGAUGUUGCUUUGCAGCAUCAGUGUGUGAUGGGGAAUUUGAGGUGUCUGGUUGUCACUCCUCAGUUGUUCAAUCACCAUGAACCAAGUAAAGAGUCGGAAUAUAUCAGUUUUGUGAACGAGGGUGAUGGUCGAGGAACCUCUACCAUGUCGAAGUAUGUAGGAGGGACUACAGCGAAUAUUGUUCAUAGUGCUCGCUGUAAAGCUCUGUUUAACGACACUUGUCUUGCACCACCUACCGCUCCUGAGUUCUAUGACGCGGAAGGAGCUUGAAGAAAAGGGGAGAAAAUAGAAGACAAUUUACCGGUUUGCCCGUGGAGAGUUUCUGUGCUAAUACUUGAUGAAAAUACCUAAUAGCUUAAGAAGAGCGACUCUUACAAUUACUUUCAGCAAUGCUGAUCAGAUGACCCUCUUCCUAGAUUUAGGACUUGAAAUGGAAUACUCAACUGACAGAGAGCCAUAGGUGAUCAUAAAUCGGAUUUCCAGGCUUAUUCGCCUCUAAGUGACGAAUACCGGGUACUCUCAUUCGAUUUCCGAGGCCAUGGGCUGAGCUCAGAAACCGAACCGUACACCUUUAAGCAAAUCGUGGAUGACAUUGACGCUAUGAGAAUUCAUUUUGCUGGCGUAGAGAGUCAAAUUGUGCUAUGCGGUGGGAGUUUUGGGGGGUAUUUGGCGCAACAGUACGCGAUAGAAUAUUCCUCCAAGGUCUCGCAUCUCAUUUUGAGAGGAACAGCACCUUCAUAUCAUCGUAUGAAUGCCAACAAAAGUUUGAUCGAACAAGACUAACAAAUUCAAGAUGAUGAACAUGCAAUGAGUACAUUAGAAGAGAGAGUGGCACUCGCACCUUGUGCUUCAAGGGAAAUGCUCGUUGACGGAGUCUUUGGGAGCUUCAAAAAUGAUGAGGAAUUCCGACUCGUCAUGUUCGCAUUAGGGCCUUUGUACAGCGAAUCGUACAAACCUGACGCAGCGCUUAAGAAAUGCCUUCAGACUGUAUAUCGAUCCAAAACGCACAGUAAGCCAGACGGGUGCCUUGCACACUAUCUUUACUCGCUUAUUAACAUAACGCAGAUGAUUUGUACUCAGAAAAUGAAAAGUACUUUGACUAUCGAGUUAGGCUGCCCAGAAUCACAGCGGAAACGCUGGUGAUAGUUGGUGAGAAAGAUUGGAUUUGUACUCCAGGUAAGACUUUUUUGAACCAACAAAAAGAGACUUUGCUAAAGACAAUUGUCCAUACCAGUCACGGUUCAUUGCUGAUGGUAUUCCCAAGGCGACACUUGUCGUUUUUCCUGGUGCAAAUCAUGCUGUACAUAUCGAGAAGAACGCUGAGGUUUUGGAUAAGAUCCGGAAGUUUUUGAAGGCGUUGAGGAUAUAAAUGUAGUGAAUCAAUAGGCCGGUCGAAAUCGACACUUUUACCCAGAGUUGAUGCCACAUAUAAGUGAUGACAUUUCGAUGAACAACCCUUGUAGAAAACGGAGGGGUUUGAGGGGUUGACGCUAAAUCCACACCUACAUACUCGUACUGUAUCCAUGAGAGGGUACUCCUCGAGCUCCUAUCCCGUACCCCCCAUCUUUGCAUGGUUCCCACAUCCCAUUCCUGCUAUUGUGCCGUCGGGUUGAGUCCGACUGACGCGCUAGCAAGACAUUUUUGAAGAUGGGCCCAUGUAAAACCGACUCCAUGGUAAAAGAAUUAUGUGAUUUUGGGCUGGGGUGGAAGAUAUCAUGAAUCGCCAUGAUCUCGUGCAAGUGUACGCACGUCAUUAUCAACCGAAGUAUUGUGAUUUCAACUGUCUCUCUUUUCUUUCUUUUUUUUGCUUGUCUCUUGUGUUUGCUCUUGAGCUGAAGAAAUGGUUGCCAACAUCCCAGAUAUUAGAAUAUCCAUAGGUAAAUCCUACCAGCCACUCACCUGGUAACAUGAACUAAUUAUUUCAUGUUUUAGAUCGUGGUGGAACUUUUUGUGACGCACUUGUCCAAAUCGCGGGGCAGAAGGACAUCAUAUUUAAGCUCCUUUCCGAAGAUCCCCAAAAUUACCAAGAUGCGCCAACCGAAGCCAUUCGUCGAGCUCUCGAAAUCGCAGAAGGAAAAUCUAUACCAGUACGGGAGAAACUGGAUGGCUCGAGGAUUGGUUGGUAGGAUAUACCUAGAUAUCGGACGAAAGCUCAUGCUCGGCUAUAGAAUCAUGCCGUAUUGGAACAACUGUUGCUACCAAUGCCCUGCUGGAAAGAAAGGGAGAGCGAUUCGCUCUACUUACGACAAAGGGUGGGUGAUGCUCGAAGUUUGAUGACGAGUUUCGCUGAGCGGUGGCAUAGGGAUGAAGGAUGUCUGCGAAAUUGGGGAUCAAUCCCGGCCGGAGUUGUUCGACCUCAAUAUCCAAAAACCCGACGUUCUAUUUUCGAAGGUGGUAGAAUUAAAUGAGAGAGUGACGAUUGAAGAUUACGACAUGAAUCCUAACCCCAAAGAUUUCUCUGGAGACCUGGGUGACUCAGAAUUGGUUCGGACAGCGAGUGGGGAGGUUAUCAGAAUCUUGCAGAAACUCGAUGUUGAAGAAGUUCGGAAGAUCCUUCUUCAAUUACGAGAAGAGGGAUACAACUCUGUUGCUAUAUGCUUUAUGCACUCGUACAUAUUUCCAGAUCACGAAUUGGAGGUACUGUCAAUUGCAAAAGAGGUUGGAUUUGAGUUCGCCACGGCAUCCUCAACGAUAAGUUCGCAUAUUAAAAUGUUGAGGAGGGCGACUUCCGUAUGCUCUGAAGCAUAUUUGUAUCCGAUAAUUCGACGUUACGUGGACAAUUUCGAAUUGGGAUUUAAGACUCUUCCCCAGAGAGUAGAGUUUAUGUGCUCAGAUGGUGGGUUGAGACAGGCACAAAAGUUCUCGGGCAAUGAAGCACUAUUCAGUGGCCCGGCAGGUGGGGUCGCUGGCAUUGCCCGAUCAUGUUAUGACGAAGAGGAAAAAUCUGCCAUCAUUGGGUUCGAUAUGGGCGGCACCAGCACCGACAUAUCUCGAUAUGAUGGCAAAUAUGAACAUCUGAUAGAAGCUAAAAUAGCUGGUCGGACUAUUGCUACUCCCAUGCUUUCAAUACAAACUGUCGCAGCUGGAGGCGGUUCGAUACUGUUUGCAAGAAACGGACUCUUCGUUGUAGGUCCCGAAAGCGCGGGAGCGCAUCCAGGGCCUGCAUGUUAUAGGAAAGGAGGACCACUAACAAUAACCGACGCCAACUUGUUCCUCGGACGGUUAGUCGUAUCCACCUUUCCAUCCAUAUUUGGUCCUGGUGCCGAUGAACCGCUCGAUGAAAUGAUUGUUCAAGAAAAGUUUCAAGAAAUUACCGCAGAAAUCAAUUCUCAAUCCAACCAAAAUCUGACGCCUGAAGAUGUGGCUCUUGGAUUUUUAAGAAUUGCAAACGAAAGUAUGAGUAGACCUAUCAGAAAUGCAACCGAAGCUCGAGGUUUUGUCCCAGACCAACAUAAUCUUGUCAGUUUUGGUGGAGCUGGAGGUCAGCACGCUACGGCUAUUGCUAGUAAUCUGGGGAUCAAGAGAGUUCUGAUUCACAAGUAUUCUUCUAUUCUCUCUGCAUAUGGUAUAUCCCUGGCUCAAUUACAGUCUGAGGCUUCUGCUCCAUAUGCAAGUGUCUUCAAUAAAAACGUUUUACCAGAUAUUCGGAGAAAAAUAUUCACCUUACAAUCUCAGGUCAGAGAAUCCUUGCUAUCUCAAGGAGUUAACGAGUCAUCGAUAGUCUUUGAAAUAUCUCUGAGCAUGAGGUAUAAAGGCUCCGAUACCAACAUUGAUAUCAAGAAGCCGACCGAUGAUGAGUACGGGGAGACUUUCAUUGCGACUCAUUUCCGGGAGUUUGCAUUUUCUCUUAGUCGAGAUGUCAUUGUUGAUGCUGUCAAAGUUCGAGGAAUCGGAAGCUCGGAUAGGAGGUGUGUAUUUUCUUCGCCUCUCAGAGAGUUGGAGAGAGUUCGUACGACUGGUAGUCGAAUAUCUGCUGCUUCUCAGCAGCGUGUAUAUAUUGAAGGAUCGUGGUGCUCAGUACCAAUCCAUAAACUUGAGGAACUUUCCAGUCAUUCUAUUAUCGAGGUUUGUCAAUCCACUUUUACAUUAACAUAGCACCACUAACAUCACAGGGCCCCGCUUUAAUCAUCGACAAAACUCAAACAAUUUUUGUUGAGUCAUUAUUUUGUGCUUAUUUGACAACUGAUCAUGUUAUCAUUGAUCGAGUCACAGAACAAGCAAAUAACGAGCUUGGGACAGUGAAAUCGACAGCAAUUAACCCUAUUCAGCUUUCGGUCUUUGGCCAUCGUUUCAUGUCAAUUGCUGAGCAGAUGGGAAACACGCUUCAAAGAAUUUCCAUUAGUAUUAGUAUUAAGGAGAGACUGGAUUUCUCUUGUGCCAUCUUUUCGCCAGGUGGGUAUUCUCUCACUAACACAUUUGGCCUGUACUAAAACUUCCUUAGACGGCUCAUUGGUAGCUAAUGCUCCCCAUAUUCCAAUUCAUCUCGGGAGUAUGCAAUUUGCAAUCCAACACCAACAUAAGUUAUGGGAUGGAAAGCUUCUGGUAGGAGAUGUACUUUUGACGAAUCAUCCAGAAUGUGGAGGCACCCAUCUGCCUGAUCUGACCGUCAUCACUCCUGUUUUCUUCGAGAACCAGCUUGUCUUUUAUGUGGCAUCCAGGGGCCAUCAUACCGAUAUUGGCGGUAAGGGGAUUACCUCCAUGGUUCCGGACUCAAAAGAGCUCUGGGAAGAGGGCGUCAAUAUCCGGUCCAUGAAGAUUGUCAGCGGUGGUACUCUUAUGGAGAAAGAUAUUCGAGCAGCCUUUGAUGCUGCUGCAGAUUUCCCAGGCUGUAGUGCUACAAGACGCAUCGAAGACAAUCUUUCCGAUCUAAAAGCUCAGAUUUCUGCCAAUCAACGUGGUAUACUACUUCUCAACAAGCUCUGCUCGGAGUUUACACUCCCUGUUGUCCAUAGAUAUAUGGAUGCCAUCCAAGGCAAUGCUCAGGUAGCCAUCGAAAACUACCUGCGAGAAAUUGCUGUCAAACAUCCUGAGUCUUUGACCGCAGUAGAUUUCUACGACGAUGGUACGCCCGUAAAAUUAUCCAUUACCAUCGACGCCAAACUAGGCACCGCAAUCUUCGAUUUCACAGGUACCGGCCCUCAAACACUAGGGAACAUGAACUGUCCAAUAUCCAUUACUCACUCAGCAGUGAUUUACGCCUUGAGGUGUUUGAUCAACCUCGAAAUUCCCUUGAAUCAAGGUUGUCUCAACCCUAUCACUAUCAUCGUCCCCAAAGGCUGUAUUUUGAAUCCCACCAGCUCUGUAGCCAUCUGCGGCUCUACCAUUGCCUCACAGCGUAUCACAGAUACCAUAUUCCGUGCCUUUGGGGCAUGUGCUGCUAGUCAAGGAUGUGCAAAUAGUUUCGGUUGGGGAAUGGGUGGGAAGGAUAGUGUUACAGGAGAAGUUACCAAGGGAUGGAAUUACGGGGAGGCGAUUGGAGUUGGUAGUGGUGCGGGACCGGGAUGGCAUGGAGCGAAUGCUGUUAAUGUCCAUGCAACUAACACCAGGAAUACUGAUCCAGAGGUUAUCGAGAAGAGGGCUGCAAUUUUGGUGAGGCAGUAUAGUAUUAGACGAGGAAGUGGGGGGAAAGGGAAAUGGAACGGGGGUGAUGGGACCAUCAGAGAGAUUGAAGCGAGGGAGAAAUUGAGGUUCAGUAUUCUGAGUGAGAGGAGGGUGUUUCAGCCUUAUGGGAUGGAAGGUGGAGAGCCUGGGGCGGUGGGGCUGAAUUUGGUUUGGAAGAGGAAUUUAGAGGGGGUCUUGGAGAUGAUUAGUCUUGGAUGA